AUGCUCGACGCAGGUAAAUCCAAGAAGCCACCUGCGCCGGUGAGGCCCAGCGCGAGCAUUAUCCUCCUCUCCCCGACAAACCAAAUCCUCCUCCUGCACCGCGUGCAAAACUCCUCAUCCUUCGCCUCAGCGCACGUCUUCCCGGGAGGUAACCUCUCCGAGUUCCAUGACGCGCCUCUGCCGAAGGCGGAUAGCCUUGAUGAGUUGCAUCGAGAUGGGCUCGCGUAUCGGCUUGCGGCGAUCAGGGAGACGUUCGAGGAGAGUGGCAUUUUGUUGGCUAGGGGCAAGGAUGGGGCUUUGUUGCAGCUGGAGGAUGAGGUUAGGGAUGCCGGGAGGAAGGAGGUGCAUGGAAAUAAGGUCAGGUUUGGAGAGUGGGUAACGAGUGUGGGGGGGGAGCCGGAUGUCGAUAACUUGAUCCCUUUCACGCGCUGGAUAACGCCCGCCGGCCCCCCGAAACGCUUCACCACCCAAAUGUACCUCUAUAUGCUCCCCCUCUCCUCCUCCAUCUCUUCCUCAUCACCGGACCAGACCACCGAAACCAUCAUACCAACCCCUACCCACGACGGCGGCUUGGAACAUACCGCCGCAACCUUCGCCCCCGUUUCAACCUGGCUCUCUCGCGCCCGCAAAAACGACAUCAUCCUCUUCCCGCCGCAAUUCUUCCUCCUCAACCUCAUCUCCCCUUUCCUGACCUCCCCAUCUCCCAGAUCGACUCCCUCCCCAGACUUCUACGCCUCCCAACGGACUGCCCUAUUGGAAUUCCUGCAGAAGAUCCCAACUUCAAAAGAAGAUCCCUCUCCUCUGAAAACACAUCUCAUCCCCUGGUCGGAGAAGGUGAUUAGUCCGACAGUAAUGUUUGUCAGGCAGAGUGAUAAGAGGUAUGUGCUGGGGCUGGAUAAGCCGGGGCCGGAAUUGAGGGGGAGUGGGAGAGGAGGAGAUUGGGAGAGGGUUGUGUUGGUGGAUUUUAGGAAGGAGGGGCCUAGGGAUGUGGAAGUUAGGGGACGGAACGAGGUUCUUAGAGAGGAGAAGGAAGUUAAGGAGAAGGAAGAGGCCAAGUUGUGA